GAAAAUACUAAAGGAGGGAAGGGAGAGAGAGAGAAAAAUCAUAACACAAAGAGUUAAAGAUGAGAUGCAGAGGGCAAGACAAUAAGUGAGUGCAUACAACAGAGAGCAGAGGAGAGGUAGCAAACAGAUAGAGACAUACUUGUAAGAGAGUGAAAUUCAGCCAGCAAUAGUGUAAACUGAGGAGAAGACAGAAGAAGAGGAAUAGUGCAGCAAGAGAAGAGGGGAUUCUGCAGCAAGAUUGAAGCAGGAUUAUAUUACACUGCACUGCACUGUGCAGACCACACACAUAAACACGCACACACUUGUGCAGAGGUGUUUGAUGCAGACAUCAGGUAGACAGCAUUUGUCAGUGUGUUAUUUCUGAGCAGAGGAGGAAGAGAGAGCGGGUGUGUGUUUACUCCAUGGCAAACGGUGUGUGCCAGAGUUGCAAAGUGUGUUCGACAGUCAUGAGGAGGAUGCUGUCCCUCUUCUGCUUGCUUUCACUGGUGACACGUUUAACAGAAGCAUGGAGACCAUCACAGCCACGACUGCAAUUUCAAAACUCAGAGCUGGUGCGUAGUGGCAGGCUCCUGUCUCUCUCUUUGCCUGCUGGUGAUCUGAACUCUCUGCUGCCAGAUGAAGAUGGUCGUCGCCUUUACAUUGGUAUGAAGAACCAUCUGCUCUCCACCAGUCUGGAUGACAUUACUCAAACACCCCACAAGAUAUAUUGGCCUGCAAAUCCAGAUCACAUCCAGGACUGUUUAAUGGCUGGGAAAGACCUGCAGAUGGAUUGUGCUAACUUCUUGCGGGUGUUGGAGCGGUUUAACCAAACACACCUGUAUGCGUGUGGGACUGGAGCAUUUAACCCUCGCUGUGCCUUCAUCCCCAUCAGCCUCUUUCAUAGGGCUGAAAAACAAUCCCUGAGGUAUGAAGACACUGAAUCAGGAAAGGGAAAAUGUCCUUAUAACCCUCACCAGAGAACGGCUACUUCCAUCGUAGAUGGGGAGCUAUAUGCUGGGAUCUCAACUGACUUUCUAAGUCAUGAUACAGCAUUCUUUCGUAGUCUGGGAGAGCGACAUGUAAUUCGCACUGAACAGUAUGACUCUACCUGGCUGCAAGGCGCUGAUUUUGUGCAUGUCGCAGCGAUGUCAGAGAGUGAUAAUGAGGAGGACGAUAAGGUGUACGUGUUCUUCACUGAGCGUGCUCAGGAGGCAGAAGGGGCAGCUGGGAAGGUCCUCUAUUCUAGAGUAGCCCGCGUCUGUAAGAAUGAUAUUGGUGGUCAGCGUAGUUUGGUAAAUAAAUGGAGCACUUUUCAGAAAGCUCGUAUUGUUUGCUCUGUACCAGGACCUGACGGAAUUCAGACACACUUCGAUAAACUGCAGGAUGUUUUCAUUCAGCGUGUAAAGGACAAAAAGAACCCCCUCAUCUAUGGGCUCUUCACCACUACGAGCAAUGUCCUGAAUGGAUCUGCUGUGUGUGUGUACCGGAUGCAGGACAUUAUUCAUGCUUUUAAAGGAAACUUCCUUCACAGUGAGGGACAACAGUACAAGUGGACAGAGUAUACAGGCAGAGUGCCCUAUCCAAGACCUGGCACAUGUCCCAGCAGCACUUAUGGAGGUUUCCAAUCCACAAGAGAAUAUCCUGAUGAUGUCAUCUUCUUUAGCCGUACACAUCCUUUAAUGCAGGAGGUGGUACAUCCUCUUGGGCGCCAACCGUUGCUCAUCAGAGUGGGAGUGCCUUAUAUGCUGACCCGCCUCCUUGUGGACAGAGUGGAGGCGGUAGACGGACAAUAUGAUGUGUUGUUCAUUGGCACAGACACUGGCCUGGUGCUGAAAGCAAUUCACCUCCCUAAAGCCAACGGACAGAAUCAGGAGGUUACUCUCGAACAGCUUCAGGUGUUUAAGCACAAGUCACCGAUCACUGCUAUGACGCUUUCCAAGAAAAAGCAGUGGUUAUUUGCUGGAUCUGUAGAAGGUGUGGUUCAGUUGGGUCUGUUCCACUGUGAUCUGUAUGGCCAGGCCUGCGCUGAGUGCUGUCUCGCUAGAGACCCAUACUGCACUUGGGAUGGGCACUCUUGCAGCCCAUAUAUGCCAACUGCACGCAGGAGAAACAUUCGUCAGGUUAAUGAUGAUGGCAACCCGCUGAACCAGUGUGUCAGACAGGGAGCUGGUCUUCAAGUGGAGGCAGUGGAGAAGAUACUGGUUGUUGCUGUGGGUAACAGCACCUAUCUGGAGUGUCUACCCAAAUCUCACCAUGCCACCGUCACCUGGUAUAAAGACAUAGGAGAAAACAGCCUGGAACAACAUAAGGUCGUAUCUGGAGACCAGCUGGUUAUAAUCGACAGGGGCAUCCUAAUUCCCAGGGCGCAGCUCAAUCAUGGAGGCGUUUAUCACUGUCAGCUAGAAGAGCAUAGGUUCCGCUGGACAGCCGUUACUAUUCACUUAAUUGUGUGGAGCCCCGCCCUGCACCCCACCCAUGGCUCCACCCAGCCAUGGUAUCAGGAUGUGAUGGCACUGAUUAACCAUGGCAAACUGGAGCGACACUGCAAAGAACACAGCCAACGUCAGAACAACAAGGAAUCAGGGAACCACAAGCAUAACAAACAAGACAGAAAGAGAGGAGACCGAAGCAAACACAGAGGAGGAGGAGAGAGAGGGGGAGAGAAGGAGAAAGGGAGGGGGCGAAAGAACCGAAGCAGAAUGCAGAGCUCAGCACAGAGGGUGCCGAGGAGUGCAUAGACACAAUCACAGGUGUUUACAUCAGCAGGUUCACCACAUAAACACAACAAAACAUGCAAUAUACAAUAUAUACAUGGUACGUUGAUUACAGUACUUGACAUCUUGUUAGCACAUUAUCUUGAUCAUGAAGGACUGUUGCUCACUAAGAAUGUGUCCAAUGGGAAGGCUGAUCUGGAAGGGGUGGGGUCAAGAGAGGAAUAACUAUUUAAUUCAUUAUUUGAGGACUGUGGUACGCAGAUCUGACAUAUCUCCUAAAGUAAUGGAGUGUCCCAAAUUAUACUCUGCUGAAGAAAAGGCAAAUCUUCCAAAGCUAGGGAGCAUCUUAAAAAGUUCUUUGUUUUAAAAAGACUGCAGUGUUGAUAGCACUUUUUUCUGUAUUGCGCAGCAUCUGCACUAAAUACUGUAUGUAUUGCCUUGAACCAUUGUGUUCUUAUUUAUCUGUCUGGUAUUUAUUUUCUUUGUGAUAUAUUUUCUUGCAUUUAAUUUUUUUUUAUAAGGUGUAAUUCUCUCUCUGCCUUCAUUAAUGAAGCUUGUGCUUUUCAUUCAUUCAUUCUGCAGAAAGAACACUGGGUUUAGAGAGAUUUAAAUUCAUCAAACGCAAAAUUAUAUAUAGUGACCCCAAAAAGUAUUUGGAUGCUUAAAGGGAUAGUUAACUUAAAAAUGAAAAUUCUUUCAUCGUUUAUCCACCCUUAAGCCAACCCAGAUGUGUGACUUUCUUUCCUCUGCAGAACACAAACGAAAAGUUUUAAAAGAAUAUCUCAGAUCUGUUGGUCCUCACAAUGCAUGUGAAUGGUGACCAGAACAUUGAAGGUCCGAAAAGCACAUAAAGGUAGCAUAAAAGUAAUCCAUAAGACUCCAGUGGUUUAAUCUAUAUCGUUAGAAGUGAAAUGAUAAGUGUGGGUGAGAAACAGAUCAUUUUAAAGUCCUUUUUUACUCUAAAUCUCUACUUUCACUUUCAAAAUGUGAAAGCGAAACUGGAGAUUUAUUGUAAAAAAAAAAACAAAAGGACUUAAAUAUUCAUCUGUUUCUUCAUUUGUGUUCUACAGAAGAGUCAUACGCAUCUGGUAUGGCAUGAGGGUGAGUAAAUGAUGUGAGAAUUUUCCUUUUUGGGUGAACUAUCCCUUUAAGUCACACUUAAAAUGUUUUAAAUUUAUUUCAGUGGAUAACAAAAGAUCAAACCAAGUUGGAUUUACAAACAAAUCUCACAACCACCUUCAUGUUUCUAUGCUCUUAUUCCAAUUACUUUUAACCAACUGGUCUUAAGGUAAUUUGUAGUGAAUAUACUGUAUGAAGUCAUAAAGGUGUAGUUGUACUACCGUGUGACAACUUUAAAGUGUCCAAAUACUUUUUGUCUUAACUUUGAGCAAUAUAUCUAUUGUUUUAUCAUUUCAAACCUAACAAAUGUUUUUUUUUAAUGUUUUGUCUGAAAGGUGUGCUAUCUUUUUUUUUUUUUUUUUCUUUUUUUUUAAUGCCACAUAGUUUGAUAUUUUGUUAUAAAAUACAAAUACAUUCAUACAUUUUUAAGUGCCUAAAGUGUCCAAAUACUUUUAGGGCCACUAUUUAGUUCAAUCUUUCUUCUGUUCCUACUACAGCAGCUCAUAAAAAGGUGAAAUCACAGUUCUAUGAUUCUGUAUGAUUACAAAUAGGUGUGUUUCUCUGUGGAAGGGUGGAGGCACAAAGGGUGUGUUUAAUAUAACUGGACUGAAAUGCAAGGGCAUGCCCUUUCUCCUGCACAUGAACACAUGCCUGCCAAGAGGUUUGGCACCCACCUUAAAGUGCCUCCAUUGAAAAAGGAUGGAAAAAAGAAAAUGACAGAAAAAAAAAGAAAAAAGGAUGGAAGAAGGGUUAUGAGUUUUAAAGUGCAGUACAAACGGAGAGAAAAAAGGAGAAAAAUGCGGUCAGACUCGCACCACAUGAGAGAGACAGAACCAGUGAUCUGUGUGUGUGUGUUCGUGUUCAAGCUGCUCAAAUGGCCUGCGACUGGUUAAAUGAAACUCAAAUGUUGUUAACAUUCAUAAAAGAAACAUUUAAAAUGUAAAAUAGAUGUUUCAUACUUGUCUGUGUUUUUCAUAUGAAGAGGCAUAUCCUGCCAUUAGUGAUUUAAACCUUGUCAGUCAUGUGUGCUACAGUUUUUUGCACCUUUGUUCUUCUUGUAACUGUAAAUCUGAUUUUCAUGAUUAGAUUUGAACCUUGAAUAAAGUGUUUUGGAAGGCUCUUAUGAGAGUGAGAGAAAAUGAACAGAACCGAAUAUUGCACCCCCUUAUGUAUUACUUUGUUAUAAUGUCAGCUUAUUUAAUAUAUCACUUAAUGUAAUACCAGAAAAACAUGAAUGCAUUUGUUUUAUACAAGAUUCUAACAGGAGAUGAAAUAACUCAAAGAUGACUGUAAUGGGAGAAUGAUCAUUGUUUUUAUCAUAGCUGAUAAGUUUCAUACAAUAUAAACACUACAGAAACCUUCUCACAUGCACAAACACAGUAGAUCAUAUACACAUGUAGGUUGAGUCUUGUGUGGUGCUGGAAUUUUCUCUUUCUCUGGUUGCUGUGUGACAAGCAUUUGAAUGCCAUGAGCAGAUUAAUUUAUAUUGCAUCCUCCUAACAAAUGACAGGACACUGGGAAAUUGACAAGGUGGGUUGCCUUGGAUACAGCUGGCCCUUAAAACACUCACAACUGAAUACCAAAUAGACUUUGUGAGCCUAUAUGAGAGUAAAUGUGAGCAGUGAUGCAAAUAAAGGAGUGAGGGGGGAGACUGAGGCAGAAACAUAAGGAAAGUGAGAAAGAUAAAAAAAAAAAUAAAAAAAAAUACACCAAUCUCUGUUAAGGAAGAUUAAGGAA